GAGGCGGGACCAGGCUCGAGCUCGAUCCAUUUUGAAAAAGAGCCAUAGUCUCCAGUUGCUGCUUCAUCUACCAAACAACAACAAGAACAGAGAACCCCCAAAUCCCGAACACCGAGCCAGUCUGCUUCAGCCUGUAGCCGGCCGUCCAGACAAGACGCCACUAUGAUGCGUAAAGACGUCAACAAGCCGAAGGGGAAGACGUCGGCCUACGCCUUCUUCGUCCAGACGUGUAGAGAAGAACACCGGAAGAAGAACCCGGAGCAGUCCGUCAACUUCGCCGAGUUCUCCAAGAAGUGCUCCGAGAGGUGGAAGUCGCUCACGGCCAGCGAUAAGAAGUGUUUCGAGGACAUGGCGAAGGCCGACAAGGUGCGCUACAACAGCGAGAUGAGAGACUACAUCCCACCCAAGGGCUUCGGCAAGAGGGGCCGCAAGAAGAAAGACCCCAACGCUCCCAAGAGACCCCCGUCUGCGUUCUUUGUGUUCUGCAGCGAGUACCGCCCCAGUGUGAAGCAGCAGUAUCCGGGUCUCUCUAUAGGCGACUGUGCCAAGCGUCUGGGGGAGAUGUGGAGCAAGCUGACCCAGUCGGACAAGCUGCCCUACGAGGAGAAGGCCCAGAAGCUACGGGAGAAGUACGACCGGGACAUGGUGGCGUACCGCGGAGGAGGAACAACGUAUGCUCGGAAUCCUGGCUCUUCAGCUCAGGGAGGAGAGGAAGAGGAGGAUGACGAGGGAGAGGACGACGACGAUGAUGACGACGAGUGAGAGAGAGAGUGUGAGUGCGAGAGCGUCUGUACAGUCAUUUUAAAGAUAAUCUCACCAAGCUUCAACCAUGUAACCCGUAGCAACCAGGUGUCCGAUCGGGGAAGCUGUGAGAUAUCAAAUAUAAACGUCCUCCUCAUUGUGUCUUUAAAGACAGACUGUCUCCUCUACCAGAGGGAGGACGGAAUAUAAGACAUCUUCUGACUUUUAAAGACCAAUUAGUAAGAAAAGAAUCAGCUGAUGUUCAAGUCUCUGACAGGUCACAUGACCAAACUGGAGUUUCUUUAUAAACACCUGAUUUAAAGUGUGUGUGUGUGUGUGUGUGUGUUCGUUGACCAGACAACAG